AUGGUAGAUAGCACAAACCAAGCCGGCCCGACGAUUUCGAUUUCAAAACAAGAAGAAGAAGUUGGAGUUCAAGUUACAGAUCGAGCAGUGGAAGAAUCAAAUGAUCAGAAGAACGGAGUCGUAUCAGGACUUGAACACGGAAGAGAAGGAGAUACCAACGGAGCAGAAGAAUUGAAGAAGAACGGAACAGGAGAAGAGAAGAAAAAGAAGAAGCCGACAGGAUACGAGUUCUAUCGUGAAGUCUUAGGCUCCCCACGAUACGUAGUAGCGCCGAUGGUCGAUGGUUCGGAGCUAGCCUGGCGGAUCUUAUCACGCUACUAUGGGGCCGAACUAUGCUACACACCUAUGAUUCAUGCGGGACUAUAUUCUGAUGACCGCCAGAUCAAGUAUCGGGUCGAACAACUGGAUUUGGAUUCCCAUGAGGAAGGAUCAGAAGGAUUAGAUCGCCCGUUGAUCGUCCAGUUUUGCGCUAAUCAUCCGGAUACACUCUUGAAGGCUGCGAACUUGGUCAUCAAUCAUCCUUCUUCUUCUUCUGAUUUUUUGGCUGGGAAUAUGGAUCGGCUCCCCGUAGAUGCUGUCGAUCUUAAUUUGGGCUGUCCUCAAGGGAUCGCUAAGAAGGGCAAAUACGGCGCUUUCUUGAUGGACCAUCCGGAUUUGAUCACUCAACUAAUUUCACAACUUGACCAACAUCUACCGAUACCAGUGACGGCGAAGUACAGACGAUUUGAGACGCUAGAGAAGACGGAGCAGUAUACGGAACGGUUGAUUGAGGCGGGGGCCCAGAUGUUGAGUAUCCAUGGUCGAACACGAGAACAGAAGGGCCAGUUUACAGGACUAGCAAAUUGGGAGAUGAUCAGAGGAGCAGUACAACGAGGCCAUGCACGAGGACGACCGAUGCUCGGGAACGGGAAUAUCUUGAUCGGAUCGGAUGUGAGUGAGUUGAUGAGCCAGACGGGGGCGGAUGGGGUGAUGGUAGCCGAAGGGAACCUCUACAACCCAGCGAUCUUUGCGCCCCUGAACCCGGACUUUAUGGCUCGUUACAGGGCUGGUCUUCCGACUCGAUUCAAGGUAGCCCUAGCUCGGGUGGAUGAAGAGUACGAUGAUGAGUGUUUGGAGCAGUUGGGCAGCCUGGAGUCCUUGCUCGAGUUCCCGAAUGCGACCAAGGUGGCCUCCCAAUACCUGGCCAUCUGUCGUACCCUGGUCACUCGGACGGCCAGCUCGGCCAUCAAGGGACAUCUCUAUAAGCUCUUUCGCCCGGUCUUUGAGACCGGCCGCUACGACGAUCUCCGAGACCGUCUGGCCGAGGUCUCAUGGUCCUCCCCCUCGGCUGAUCCUUCCUCUGAAGGUGGUUCUUCUAAGAGGAGGGAUCGGGAUGCCUACGAGGCUAUGCUUGAUCGGUUCCAGACAAUGGUGAGACUGAUCAAGGAUCGAUUGGAGGAUGAUCGCCGGAGUGGAGUUUUAGAUGAGGGUCAGAUUGAUAUGAGUCUCAAGCGGGCCGAGGGUGAGUCUACGCCCUCCUUCCUCGGGCGACUCCGAGUGCCCUACUCUCGCUGCCAGCCCUACGUUCGAUCUCUGGUUGUGGAUGAAAGUGGUGGUGGUGGUGGUGGUGGUAGUACUACUACUGAGUUAGUGGGUUGUGCUACUGAGGGAUGUUCCAACUCAGGGGCAGGGAGGUGUGGCUGGGGUCUCUGCAAGGCCUGUUGCUCGACUCGGAUGGCGCAGCAGGCAGCCGAGGUGUCAGCAGCAGCAGCAGCACCACUAGAAGAAACCAAAAAACAACAAAAACAACAACAACAACAAAAACUAAUCGAAACACUACUCACACUAUUCCCAAUCACACUCAUCAUCAACCAACUAAAACAACAACAACCACCACCACCACACAAAAGACAACUGCCCAUCAAUCUACUCAUCUCACUCACAACCAUCACCACCAUCCUAGCAUCAACCACCAACUACUCAUACAAAGUACCCUUCACAGACCAGAGAGGAUACAGGCAAACUGGCCUCCACCAUGCACUCAUCCUGGCCAUCGGACUACCACUCAUCCUAUCAGCAACACUCUACAUCACCACUACCACCACAAACAACAACACAGCAACAACAACAACAACAACAACUAAUCACCAUCUCAUGGACAUCUGGAAUCGAUCACCUCAUCUCAGACACUCCAACACCCUCCACUACGAUCACGCCGACUACCACAAUGCACUCUCCCUCGCCAGACUAGACCUCCUAGCAUUCACCAUCCUCAACCUAUACUCACUCCUACUCGACAUCUCGCUCGCCAGGCUGGGCGAAUACUACAACUAUCUACCGAUCAACAACUCAGCCAGACUCAUCGCAUCCACCCUCAAGUCACUCUUCAUCUCCAUCCUCUUCUCACUCGCUCUCAGCCUAGGAUGGUGGGGCCAAGCCAUCUCUCAGAGUAUGACCCCCUUCGAAUGUCUCUUCAGCGUAUUCACCUUCCAAUCAUGUCUCUACCUCACCACCAGACUAGCCAGGAGAGCCUUCACCCUAGCCGAAUCAUCCAUCUUCUCCUCAACCGGCGUCGCACUCAUGAUCGAGGUCAUCAGACUCACCUCUGCCAGACUACGCUACUCGGCCUACCUACUCAAACAGCAGCAACAAUCUACUCCGAUCUCUGACGCCGAUCGACUCAGUUUUCUCCCCAGCCUCUUCAGAUUCCCUACUCCCGCCAUCGCCAUCCAACACGUCCUAGUCUCUGGCAUCUUCCUCAUGGCCUUCACACUCGCACCCUUACUUGUCCUCUCCCGAAGACUCGGCCAACGUCCAACCAAACGCACCAGGCACUCCACUCGUUCUCUCUCCCGUCAUCGCAAUCGUCCCUCCCCCACAAGGGUAGCAGCCCUCCAGGUUCAGAAAACACCCAUCUGGACUAGCGAACCCGCCCAGCCGGACUACUAUCAACGCUUCUCCAACCCAGACUCACAGCAUCACUCUCGGCAGCAUGAGAGCGCCUUGAAGGAGAACCUUCGGAAGAUCAUUGCACUCUCGAUCUACGCUUCGAUCACUUGGAUCGGAUUGGUGGUCAUGUCUCAUUGGUUAGGCUGGCUAUUCGAGAUCGGUCGGGAUCGUCGGAUCAAGCAGGCCUGGUGGAGAAGGAUCUUGGGCCCAGGCUGGUUAGGCUUCUUCCGUUACAGCUUCCUAAGCUACCCCGAGGGAUACCAUCCUGGUGGUUCAAGGAGCAUCAGCGAUGAGGCUGGUGGAAGCGGACAACAGAUCAGGAUCCGGUGGACUCGGAUCGCGAUCCUCAUCUAUUGGUGGAUCUGUCUUGUCCUCGCUAUCGGAGGCUGGACCACCUAUCUCGUCCGCAAACGAAGGUCCGGCAUCAGACAUCUUCAUCGCAGUCGAUCAUCCGAGCUCGGCCGAUGGUCUGGCUGGGGAUCCGCUUGGAAGAAUUGGAUCGGCUUCCGUCUCUCCAGGUCAUCUUCCCGGCCUCGCUCCAACUCCCCUUCAACAACUGCUACUAUCCCUCCCUCAGCUACCACUCCGACCACUCUUACUGGCUCGAUCAGUUCUUCAAUCUUCUCGCCAAGACAGGCCACUCCUCUUUCAACUGAGACCACCACUCACAAUCGAUCGAUCACUCCCACUACUCCUACUUCUGCUUCAGCCAAAUGCUCUCCUAGUGACCUGAUGGGUAGAGUUGAACAACUCAUUCGGAGAGCGUUGCCUUUCUCGCUCAAUCCUUCGUCUCCAACUCUAUUACCUCCUUCAGCAGACACUCAUCCAACCGACCAUCCUCACCUCCCACUGAAAUCUAAAUCAUCGCCGUUCAUCUCACCUCUUCCUUCUUCCCUAUUCUCUUCACUGGGUCGAUCAUCAUCACCUUCAUCGAUCACCAACCCCCACAAAAAACCCUCUUCAACCUCUUCCUCCUCUUCAUCUUCGUCUUCUGCUGCUCCGUCUGCUACUCCUGUCAGUCCUGCUCUAACUGCUUUGACCCCGAAUCCGCUUCCCGGAGGGCCGCCUUCUUCGUUGAUCGUCGGAUCGUUGAAAAGUCAACAGCUUAAUUUCAAACGCAAGUUCUUUCAUCUGUUGGUGUGUUUUAUGUUUAUUCCGACGAUUCCUAUCGACAUCGAGUUUUCUUCCAUCUCGUUCUCCGUCGCCUUCGUCAUCUUCACGUUUUGUGAAUUUGCCAGGUAUUUCGCUUUUUAUCCGAUCGGAGCUGGGAUCCAUUUAUUCUUUAAUGAGUUUAUCGAUUCUAAAGAUUCAGGCCCGGUCAUUCUGAGUCAUUUUUAUCUUUUGACGGCGUGUUCGACGGGGAUCUGGUUAGACGGUCUAGUCCCGAAUAACAAUUCACAUAGACCGAUGAGAAUGAUGAUGGGAGAUGAGAAGAAGGAACAGAUGGGCUGGCUGAGCACGAUGAUCGGAAGCCUGGUCAAUCGGUGGUUCGGGAUCGGAGUCAAGCAGCCCAAAGGUCUUGGAGCGAUGGACGCUGGGUUCGGCAUAGGCGGCUGCUCAAUCGAGGAUCUCAUCGGCGUGAUCAUCUUGGGCGUCGGCGAUUCUUGCGCCUCGGUCGUCGGCAAACGGCUUGGGAAGAUUAAAUGGAACGUCGGCUCUAGUAAAACUGUGGAAGGAUCAGUUGCUUUUGUUGGGUCGGUUAUCGUCGUCUCUUUGGGCUUGAGAGUGGUUGGUUUGGUCCAACCUUUCCCAAUUAUCAAAUACUCACUUGCAAUUCUCUUGGUCUCCCUGUUGGAGGCUUUUACUGCACAAAAUGAUAAUCUUGUCUUGCCGCUUUAUUCUUGGUCUAUCCUUAAAUUACUCUUUCUUUCUUAA